GUGCUGGGCGUACGGAGAAUGCGAAAAGAGAGGGUUGAGAAGCCGACCGGGGGGUUGGAUUGCACAGCCCCCGUAACUGGCCGAGGCGCAAGGUAUAAAAUCAGACGUCGGGUACCUGGGGUUAUUCAGUGUUGGACCGGAUCCCGUGCUCGGCUCAACAUCACCUCAUCGGAUCUCGAUCUCCAUCCAGAACAACGAUGAGAAACCAUCUAUUCGUAUUCCUCGUCGUCCUAAUAUUUUCCGCCUCUCUCAAUCUAUCCCAAUGUGAGCAAGAUCGGAAGUUGGAAUCUACAAGAGGGGGAGAGAAGUUGAAGCCCAAUAUCAGGCGGGCGUCCGGUUUGUUGUCCUACCCAAGGGUCGGUCGAUCGAAUGCGCCCAUUUCGAAUCUGAAUUUCAACCGACGUGGCAUGGAGCCGGACACAGAUUUUCAAUUUUACAGCGCCGAGUUGGACCCGGCCCCGGACAAAGAUUACGAAGAUUCCCCAGCUCCAAAAUCUCUCGGGAGAUCGAUGUACACCAAACAUGCAGACAGAAUUCCUAAGGAAGCGCCCUGGCUAAUCUUAGAUCGUCCUCGUCCGUCCAAAGAUGGAUCUUGGAAGAUCGACGAAGGAAGAUCCAUAUAUCCGGCCGCGUUCCUAUUGAAUUCAGAUUCUCGAAACAGUCAGGUGAACGGUUACACGCCUAGACUCGGCCGGGGGAACGAUGCUGAUCGAAUUCUCUGCAAAUGAUCAUCACCGAGGAUCUUCAGGUUUCGCUUCAAUGGAAAUUCAUGCGACUUGGCCUAAUCUAUCUCUUUAUCCGAUAACCAAUUAUUCACUACUACAAUGGAGGAGGAAACUUUGUUUAAACGAGUGUAUAAUAAAAGGAUGGAUCGAUUUUUUUUCGUGAAAUUCAGCAAGCAUCGUUUGUAGAAAAUUUAUCGAAGUUUCCACAGUGUACACGGUCCGUAGAAUUUUCACUGACAUGAGUAAUAAAGCUGGUGAAAUGGCUA